AUGCGUGAGGUCAUCUCUAUCCAUAUCGGCCAGGCUGGAAUCCAGGUGGGAAACGCCUGCUGGGAGCUGUACUGCCUCGAGCACGGCAUCCAGCCCGAUGGCCAGAUGCCCAGCGACAAGACCAUCGGCGGUGGAGACGACGCCUUCAACACCUUCUUUUCGGAGACUGGUGCUGGCAAGCACGUCCCCCGCUGCGUGUUCCUCGACCUCGAGCCCACUGUGAUUGAUGAGGUCCGCACCGGCACCUACCGCCAGCUCUUCCACCCGGAGCAGCUCAUCAGCGGCAAGGAGGAUGCCGCCAACAACUUUGCCCGUGGACACUACACCAUUGGCAAGGAGAUCGUUGACCUCUGCCUGGACCGCAUCCGCAAGCUGGCGGACAACUGCACUGGCCUGCAGGGUUUCCUGGUGUUCAACGCUGUCGGUGGCGGCACUGGUUCCGGCCUGGGCUCCCUUCUGCUCGAGCGCCUGUCCGUCGACUACGGCAAGAAGUCCAAGCUCGGCUUCACCGUGUACCCCUCCCCCCAGGUGUCCACAGCCGUGGUUGAGCCGUACAACUCUGUGCUGUCCACGCACUCGCUGCUGGAGCACACGGAUGUCUCUGUCAUGCUGGACAACGAGGCCGUCUAUGACAUCUGCCGCCGCUCCCUGGACAUCGAGCGCCCCACCUACACCAACCUCAACAGGCUGAUUGCCCAGGUCAUCUCCUCGCUGACGGCGUCCCUGCGCUUCGACGGCGCCCUCAACGUGGACGUGACCGAGUUCCAGACCAACUUGGUGCCCUACCCGCGCAUCCACUUCAUGCUCUCCUCCUACUCCCCGGUCAUCUCCGCGGAGAAGGCCUACCACGAGCAGCUGUCAGUGGCCGAGAUCACCAACUCCGCCUUCGAGCCUGCCUCCAUGAUGGCCAAGUGCGACCCGCGCCACGGCAAGUACAUGGCGUGCUGCCUGAUGUACCGCGGAGAUGUGGUGCCCAAGGACGUGAACGCGGCCGUGGCGACCAUCAAGACCAAGCGCACCAUCCAGUUUGUGGACUGGUGCCCCACCGGCUUCAAGUGCGGCAUCAACUACCAGCCCCCCACAGUUGUCCCGGGCGGUGACCUGGCCAAGGUCCAGCGCGCCGUCUGCAUGAUCUCCAACUCCACCGCCAUCGCCGAGGUGUUCUCCCGCCUGGACCACAAGUUCGAUCUGAUGUACGCCAAGCGCGCGUUUGUUCACUGGUACGUGGGCGAGGGAAUGGAGGAGGGAGAAUUCAGCGAGGCUCGCGAGGACCUGGCCGCCCUGGAGAAGGACUACGAAGAGGUGGGCGCUGAGUCAGCCGAGGCCGAUGGCGAGGACGAGGGUGAGGAGUACUAGAUUGUGUGUUGCCUCCGCUGAGCUGAGAUGAAGUUGCUCACGCCAGACUCGAGAGAAAGGGCUGCCUUGAAAGCGCACUUCAUGCAGAGCAGUGAUGUCCAAUUUGCAGAAUGGCACCCAGCUGAGGAGUACUAGAUCAUGUCCCUGCUGGAGCUGUGCUGAGGUGUUGCAUUCUAAUGCGGGCAGUUGGAUAUCGUUUUAAUCAAGAUCUCUCAGAAAUGCCCGGGUGUGGCUUUGGCUGUGCAGAGGGUUGCCAUGUAGAAACAGCAGCUAGAUGAAACCCUGAUCAAGAACCCUUCAGUGUAAUUCACCUUCGGAAUUUGAAGUCCUUCGAAUGCAUUGAUGAGCUGCCAGUGCCACAGCAAUGUGCAAAAGGUGCUUUUGGAACUGUCAUCGGUAUGCUUCAGACAUGCAUUCAUAGCAGAUGUGUUUUGCUCCUGUAAAGUGACCCCUGGAUCCAGUCCAAAGUGGUGAGUGGCACAUCAAACUGUAAUGACAAGGGAUAGCAU